AUGCGAGGUCUUCUUCUGGCCGGGGCUCUUGCCCUACCUGCUUCUGUCUUUGCCCAUCCUGCUCAGCAGUCUCAAGGACUCCAUCGGCGUACUGUCGAUUUGAACGCUUUCCGCUUGAAGUCCAUGGCAAAGUAUGUCAAUGCGACAGAGACCAGCGGCGAUGCUCCGUCCUCCUUUGCUCCUUUCGUGCAGCAAAGCUACGUGGAGGUCGCGACUCAGCAUGUCAAGACAAUUGUCCCUGACGCUACUUUCCGCGUUGUUGAUGACCACUAUGUUGGUGACAAUGGUGUCGCCCACGUCCAUUUCCGCCAGACAGCCAACGGUCUCGAUAUCGACAAUGCCGAUUUCAAUGUCAAUGUUGGAAAAGACGGAAAGGUCUUUUCCUAUGGCAACUCUUUCUACACCGGCAAGAUCCCAAGUUCGACUUCAUUGACCAGGCGCGACUUCUCCGACCCUGUGACUGCUCUCAAAGGAACGAAAAAUACACUGCAGCUUCCCAUCGCUGUGGAUAGCGCGUCUUCCCAGCGCGCAGAAGAGAAGGAGUCGUACAUUUUCAAGGGGGUCUCCGGAACUGUCUCCGAUCCCAAGGCGAAACUGGUAUACUUUGCCAAGGCCGAUGGAGAGCUCGCCUUGACAUGGAGAGUUGAGACGGACAUUGAUAGCAACUGGCUCUUGACCUACAUCGAUGCCAAGAGCGGCCAGGAGAUCCAUGGUGUGGUUGACUAUGUCGCUGAAGCGGACUACCAAGUAUACGCAUGGGGAAUCAAUGAUCCAACUGAGGGCUCGCGUACCGUGAUCAGCAACCCAUGGGACUUGACUGCGUCGGAAUUCACCUGGAACAGCGAUGGCAGCACAGAGUAUACCACUUCUCGCGGCAACAACGGGAUUGCCCAAUCCAACCCCAGUGGUGGAACAAGCUACCUGAACAACUAUCGCCCUAAUAGCUCAAGCUUGUCGUUCAAGUACCCUUACUCCACGAGCUCGACGCCUCCAUCAUCCUACAUCGAUGCAUCGAUCAUCCAGCUAUUCUACACGGCCAAUACCUAUCAUGAUCUGCUGUACACCCUGGGCUUCAACGAGAAGGCCGGUAAUUUCGAGUACAACACCAAUGGGCAAGGCGGGCGUGGAAGCGACUAUGUGAUUCUCAACGCCCAGGAUGGCUCUGGCACCAACAACGCCAACUUUGCGACGCCUCCCGAUGGACAGCCAGGCCGCAUGCGCAUGUAUGUCUGGACUGAGUCGACGCCGUACCGGGACGGCUCGUUUGAGGCCGGAAUUGUCAUUCAUGAAUAUACCCACGGUCUGUCCAACCGACUCACUGGAGGACCUGCCAACUCCAACUGCCUGAAUGCCCUCGAGUCGGGCGGCAUGGGUGAAGGCUGGGGAGAUUUCAUGGCCACCGCAAUCCGACUCAAGGCCGGUGAUACGCGCUCGACUGACUACACCAUGGGAGAAUGGGCUGCGAACAGGCCCGGCGGGAUCCGCGCUUACCCCUACUCGACCUCGUUGAGUACCAAUCCUCUCACAUACACCAGCCUGAACUCCCUGAACGAGGUACAUGCCAUCGGUACAGCCUGGACGACAAUGCUGUACGAGAUGAUGUGGAAUUUGAUUGAUAAAUAUGGCAAAAAUGAUACGCCGAAGCCCACGUUCCGCGACGGUGUGCCGACAGAUGGCAAGUACCUCGCCAUGAAAUUGGUCAUUGAUGGCAUGGCUUUGCAACCGUGCAAUCCCAACUUCGUCCAAGCCCGUGAUGCCAUCCUUGAUGCUGACACUGCUCUCACUGGUGGUGCCAACCAGUGUGAGAUCUGGAAAGCAUUCGCCAAGCGAGGUUUGGGUUCUGGUGCCAAGUACAGCUCAAGGAGUCGGGUUGGAAGCACUCAGGUUCCCAGUGGUGUUUGUUGA